UUCGUCACAUCACCGCUAUUUCCGAUUAUGCUUUUUCACUAAAAUUUAUAUCGGAGUAUCAAGAAAAAAAAUCAAACGCAACGACGUUUUUAGUUUUUACAUAAGAAAGUUUAAAAAGCGUAAAACUAUUUAGUUAAAGCCGUAAAGUUAUAGUAUAUAAAGUGUUUGAUAAUAUUUUCCUGGUGGGUCUAAAAUGAUUAAUUAAUGUAAGUUUGACAAAUUCACAAAUUUAACAUUUAGUAUAUAAAGUGUUUGAUAAUCUAUAAUACUAUAAAAAGGAGAAGUGAUGGACAAGAUAGUAAUUUUAUUUGUGUAUAAAUUUUGAAGCAUUAUGUACAAUAGAGAGAAGCCAUUUUAAAGGGGCUAAAGUUGCAACUUUUCCAAAAUUUUAAGACACCAUAGGGGUGUUUUAGGGAUUUGAUCAUGGAAUAACCGUACAUUAACUUCUCAGACAAUUGAAUCGUUUCUUAUCCUGGAAUUGAAUAUAUAUAACCCUAAUACCCAAAUCACAGUUUCCUCUCAUCUCUUCACCUUCAUCACGACUGAAUCCUCCAUAACCCUAAUAUCCCUGUAAAGACUGCAAAUGAAUCGUCCCACCUUCAAUUUGUCCUCUCCAAUCCCCCUUACGUUCUCACUCCACCCUCUGUCGGCGACAGUGGUUCCAGAGGCUGUGGUAUUGGUGGUCGUCAAAGGCCAACGGCUAGGGUUUGCCAUGAAACACUGUAGUUAUCGAAUUACACUCUCUAUUUGCUGAAGAUUUUUGAUCGAUUCUGUGUAUUGUAGCAAGGAUGUUGGUUACUUAUUUUCAUCUUUUUGGAUUUCAACAAGUUCUAGGUCUUGAAACUGAAAUCAGAAUGUUGAAAUCGCUAGAUCUUAAGUCACUGGGGUUAUCAAAUAGGAGGACUAGAACUACAAGUAUAAACAUGGAGAGCUUGUGCUCACAUAGUGUUUUCACUUGUGUUAUUGAAUCAAAAUGCAAGGAAGGUCAAGGAUUGAAUUGUUCUGAAUAUCUUCAGGCUGACUUGUUAGACAUAUUGAAACGAGAACGGCACAGCGGGCUGGUGAAAUACACUUAUUUGUGUCAAAAAUCGGGUUUUUUUGCAUUCGAUCAUGAAGACUCUUCGGUUCUUGAUGUCCAACAAGCACCUAUUAGCUGUUUUAAUGGCUUUUUACUCAUGUUUUCUGAGCUCAGCAACGCAAUGAAAAUGGGCACCCUUUCCAAAUCAGAAAGUGGUUAGUUAUAUCAGCAAGUUGGCUGAGCUUUUGCACCAUAAAACCUUUGAGUCAGCAACUACUGCUUUGGAGGUUGUUGAGGAGGCUUUGUCAAUAAGCCGCUAUUCAGAGAAACUACUUGAAAUGAAAGAGGAGGCUCUCUUAAUGGUAUUUACUUUCACAAGUUAACCGGGAGUUUUUUAUUAAUAAAGUGAUUUAGGUUAUGAUACUUUGAGACAUUGUCACUCUCAUUGUUGGCUUUAUCUUAUGUGGAAUGUAACAGCUGCAUAAGCAUGAAGAGGUGAUUCAAUUGUGUGAGCAAACACUUACUUUUGCCGAAAAGAAUUGUGUGACCAUUGAUGAUAUUGAUCACAUGCCAAAUGAGGAUCAACUCCAACCAUUGAAGCUUCCGAGAUGGAGCUUGAUGGCUAGGUCCAACUUUCACAUGGCUAAGUUUGACUUGGCCCUUUCUAUCCUUGAGAAAUAUGAGCAACGGGCACCUUCUGAAACCAAGUAAUAAUUAUCUACACGGACACAUAGGUGUUGUUUAAAACGAAUGAAGUUUGAUUUGUUUUUGUAACUUUUUUGUCCCACAUUGUAGAACUCAAGGCCCAUCUUCCCUUUCAUGUGCCACUAUCAAUUCUUUGUUUAUACUCAAUUGCUAUAUUAGUUGUGUUAACAAAUUGGUUUUAAAAAUAAACUGUGUGAACUCGUUGGGCAACGUGCGGCAAAAACUAAUAAAUACCCGCGGCAACGCGCGGGCCUUCCCACUAGUAUUUUUUAAAAGCAGGUUUGUUGAAUUAUAUCGACAAACUUAUAAUAUAUUCAUUAGUAUUCGAUUCCUAUGGAAUUUGUUGAUACUUUGAACGAUAAAUGUUUCAAAAUUUAAGAAACACUACAGUAUAGUAAAUGUAUAAGGCCCUAACUAUCUACACACCCAGAUUGCCUAUCUACACAUUUAGGGUUUACCUACGCUGCGUAUUGACCUAUACGCAGCGUAUAAGGUUACCUCUAUACGCUGCGUAUAGAGCUAUACUCAGCGUAUAUAAACCAUGGAUUUCAGAGCCUUAUCAGCAAUCAUUGCACAGAAAAUAAGAGUUAUAUACGCUGCGUAUAGGUCUAUACGCAUCAUAUAUAAACCAUUAAUUUUUUUUGAGUCAUUUUGGUAGGUUUGAGGGAUCAUUUUUUCACAAAGUUUAAAUACGCUGCGUAUAGACCUCUAAGGAGCGU